AUGGAAGCUAAGCUCCAAGGAAAGGUGGCUCUUGUCACCGGGGCCUCCUCUGGAAUGGGACGGGCCACCUCCCUGGGUCUCGCCAGGCAUGGCGCAAAGGUUGUCUGCUGCGACCUCCAGAAGAAGGCCAACCCCGCGGGUUUCGAAAAGGACCUUGCCACCGAUACGACGGACCUCAUCAUCCAGAGCGGUGGCGAGGCCAUCUUUGCCAGGUGGACAUCUCCAACGCGGAGCAGGUCCAGGCUGCCUUCGACACGACUUUGUCCGUUAGACAUCGUCGUCAGCUGCGCGGGGUACUGGGCACCCUUCCGCAAAUUCGCCGAGGAAGACGACGAGCUCUGGGCCAAGAUGUCCGCCGUUAACACCCUCGGCACCGCGCGCGUGGCCCGCCUCGCCCUCAGGCAGUUCCUCAAGCAGGACGUCGACGAGGUCUGGGGCAGCCGCGGCCGCAUCGUCAACGUGUCGUCGUGCGCCGCCGUCACGGGCUUCCCCGGCGAGACGGCGUACUCGGCCACCAAGGCCGCCGUCAACCACAUGACGCUCGCCGGCGCCCUCGACCACGCCAAGGACAGCAUCAACAUCAACUGCGUGGCCCCCGGCGUCGUCGCCACCGGCAUGGCCCGCCCCAACUUUGAGAGCGCGGACACCAUCGAGCUCAUGAAGAGGGCGACCCCGUGGCCUCGCCUCGGCAAGGUCGAGGAUAUUGCGGGCGCCGUCGUUUUCCUGUGCUUGCCUGAGUCGCAGUGGAUCACGGGCCAGACGUUGGCGGUGGAUGGUGGUAUGACGCUCGGUGUUCCUCCCCGUAAGGUAGCAAGAUAUCUUGUAGGAUAA